AGUGUCUGAGUCAGAUCUGGGUAUAGCUGUGAAAGUGCAUUUGUAGGUGACAACAUGGCGAUGUCUGAGCAGCUUGAGUUUGAUGGAGGCUGUUCCUCCAAGUCAUUCAAGCUGUACUCCCCCAAGGAGCCCCCCAACGGUAGCACUUUCCCCCCCUUCCACCCCGGCACCAUGCUGGACAGAGACGUGGGUCCUACUCCGAUGUACCCGCCCUCAUACAUGGAGCCAGGAAUAGGGAGGCACACGCCAUACGGUAACCAAACAGACUACAGAAUAUUUGAGCUCAACAAGCGGCUACAGAACUGGACGGAGGAGUGCGACAACCUGUGGUGGGAUGCCUUCACCACGGAGUUCUUUGAAGACGACGCCAUGUUGACCAUCACUUUCUGUCUGGAAGACGGACCCAAACGUUACACGAUCGGCCGGACGUUAAUUCCCAGGUACUUCCGGAGUAUAUUUGAGGGCGGGGCCACGGAGCUCUACUACGUGCUGAAACACCCCAAGGAGUCCUUCCACAAUAACUUUGUCUCCCUCGACUGUGAUCAGUGCACUAUGGUCACUCAGAACGGGAAGCCCAUGUUCACACAGGUGUGCGUAGAGGGCCGCCUGUACCUGGAGUUCAUGUUCGACGACAUGAUGCGGAUAAAGACGUGGCACUUCAGCAUCAGGCAGCACCGUGAGCUCAUCCCCCGCAGUAUACUGGCCAUGCACGCCCAGGACCCACAGAUGCUCGACCAGCUGUCCAAAAACAUAACAAGAUGUGGCCUGUCAAACUCCACCCUCAACUACCUCCGGCUGUGUGUUAUUCUGGAGCCCAUGCAGGAGCUGAUGUCCAGACACAAGACAUACAGUCUCAGCCCCAGAGACUGCCUCAAGACCUGCCUCUUCCAGAAGUGGCAGAGGAUGGUGGCCCCCCCUGCGGAACCCUCGAGACAGGCGCCUAACAAGCGGCGGAAGCGCAAGAUGUCCGGCGGCAGCACCAUCAGCGGAGGAGGAGGCGCCAACAACAACAACAACAACAAAAAGAAGAGCCCCGGCAGCGGCUUCCCUCUGUCCAGCCAAGUUCCGGACGUGAUGGUGGUGGGAGAGCCCACCCUGAUGGGCGGCGAGUUCGGCGACGAGGACGAGCGUCUGAUCACGCGGCUGGAGAACACGCAGUUCGACGCGGCCAACGGCAUCGACGACGAGGACAGCUUCAACAACUCUCCGGCGCUGGGCUCCAACUCGCCCUGGAACAACAAGGCCCCGUCCAGCCAGGAGAGCAAGAGCGACAACCCCACCUCGCAGGCCUCCCAGUAGAGGCCGGGGGUCCCCCCCCCCCCAUAACCUCUAUACAGACCCCCUCUGUCAGCCCCCCCUCCCCCACCCCCACCCUACCUCUAUAGCCAUGACUGCAGCCAAAUUGGUCCAUAGUCUGAUUUGCAAACCAAACACAGCUGUAGCGCUCCGACUCACCCACAGGUAGCCUGAAGGAGCUCGGUCUGCCCCUCCCGACUGAACCAGACACGUUUAGGCACCGCGUCCCGGCACCGUCGCUCUCCUCCUCCUCCUCCUCCAACCUUUUCACACAAAACGUCCCGUCUGCCGUUGCUCAUUGUUGCGGACGGAGAUCGGGUCGCCAAGACUGAGAAGUAGCAGGAAUUUAUUCCACACCAGAACCAAGUUACACUAACCCAUCGGGAACCGGCCGGGGCGGGCGGGGCCGGUGGCAGCAGGGGCUUCGCCGCGGUGGCGAGUCGCUUAGGGACCUCUACGUCCACCCGUCAUCUGAACACGGCUCUCGAUUGUGAUCCGCUCUGCUGAUGCACAAGCCACGCUAAUGUUAAGACUGUGUGUGUGUCUGUGUGUGAGCGAACGUGUGUGUGUGAGGAGAAAACCUGAAACGUGACGUUUAUCUGUGGCUUUGCUGAGGCAGACGGAUCCCAACGGAGCGUCGGGUUUUUUAAAAGCUAACACACUAGCAUGAAGGCUAUUUUGAGGCACUAGGGCAAUAACCCACACAUGUAUAGUCACACCCAUGCAUACACACAUGACGUAGAUCAUGACUGAAGGAUUUUGAAUGCCCCCAGUGCCCCAGCCAUCUCUGAUUGGACUACAGUGAUUGCAGUCUUUCAAAUGGAAAGCAUUUACAACACACACACACAUACACAUACACACACACAGCUACACAUUUUAAGAGUUUUUAUACAGUAUAUAUAUUUCCCUAGAAUGUUUUUUUUUUUAAUUUGUAUUAAACGCCUUCAUUUCAAUUACUUUUUAUUUUAUUUUCUACCAAUACUGAAAAGCUACAGACCAAGGAGCAACACAGGACUUUUAUCCCCCUUCCCCCCUUCAUAAAUAUAUAGUUUUUUUUUUUUUAAAUCUUUUGUUUAUAAAAGAGAAAUAAUUUAGUGUGGAUGUUUUUAUUUUGUCUUCUUUUUUUUUUGUUUUGUUUUGUUUUUGGGGAUUUUUUGUGUAUUUGUGCUUGUAUAUUUAAGGUAGUAGCAAAGUUCUGUCUGACUGUAAUAAAAUGUAUUCUUACUUAGAUUUACCUAAAGCCAUCCCGAUCUAAUGUAAAGAAACAAAAAUAGGAAAAAGGAGAAAAAACUCAUGAACCUGUUCCCUCUCCCCUCCCCUCCCCUCUGCUGUCUUUCCUCCUUCCUCUUUUUUUAAAAUAAAGCUCGUGUAAAUUAAAUUACAGACCCCUGGGGAUACAAUGGCACCAUGGAAAGAUGAUUUUACUUUAGUUUUUUUUUCUAUUUAUUUUUAAAAUUCACGCUUGUAUUUUGAUUAAUCAUAGCAUCCAUGACAAAUUUCUUUUUCUGUAUUUCAUCUUGAUGUCGAAGUGAAUGUGCUCAAUGGCUUUUAGUUUCCCUGUAACCUUGUUUCAUCACUGGCUAAGAAACAAUCUUUUUUUUUCUGUUUUGUUCCUUUUUUUUUUUUUUAAAUGGGUUUUUAUGUUAAAAUUCUCUUUAUUUGUACAGUCAUGUUUAUAACCAUCAGUGUCACCGACCAAUUUAACAUUAAGUACAGUCUGCGUAUUUUGGUAGCAGUGCUGAGUCUGUAAAGUCAAAUAGAGAACAGCUCUGUUAUUGGUUUGUACAUUUGUUUUUUUUGUUUUUUUUGUUGGAGUUGAUUCCAGCUGCAUUUAUGAUUGAGUUUGAAUGGUGACUUGUACCUUCUCCAACCCCUGUAGAGAAAUCUUUGUUUGAUAUAUAUAUUUUUUUGAUUUGGUUAGUUUCUGCCCUUAAUAAUUAAUGUAUGGUACCAAUAAAAAGAUACAUUUUCACUUUAAAA